UGAGGAACGGACACGCGGCCAAUAGCAAACGGGCAUUUGUGUAGCGUGCCACCGUGCGAAUCGAAUUACGAAUUGCGAAUCGGACUCGUUCACCAUGUGUGUGAGAGAGUGUCCUUAGAGCAGAAAAUGUUUGAAUGCAAAUGAAUUAUGUACAACCGGCUUGGACAAUACCACUGAUUAGUGACAGUGUGUGUAGUUGUUGUGUGUGAGUGCGCGCUUCAAUCGUGCGUGACCAACGACGACGUCAUUCAAGAGCUGAAAACGUGUGCGUGAGCUCUCGCCCCCCCUCUCCAGAAGGAACAUCAACGUCAACGCGAUCGUGGUACAGUGUUAAAAAAAAAUAAAGAAACAACAGCUAAAACAGCAACAAUGGCGACGCUGAUAGCAGAAACAGAGCAUUAAAUGCACUCAACUAUAAAGUGUGAAAGGGUUGUUGUUUCACAAGGCAACAAAAUUAAAAGUAUACAAAGCAAAAGCAAAGCGAAAGCGUGUUGACAGCAGUUUGUAGAAUUAUUAAAAUCAUCAACCUGACGACGACGAGGAGCACAACACCAUCGCUCACCAUCGCUCCACCACCAGCAGCACCACCGUCCAGGCGAAGAACAAAGCGCAUCCCAACACAGCGAACAUGACCCGAUUUCGUAUCAAAAAUUUAAAAAUCCUCUCCUGUUGCCUCAGCGUUUGGGUCACGCUCUUUGGCUCUGCCCUCCAUUUGGCCCGCUGCAGUGAAUUUCCCGAGCGCGAAUGUUGCGACUUGACCACCACCUCAACGGUGGGUCCAUUACCUCUGCCGCCUCCGGCUCUGCCCACCGAUAAAUCAUUAUCGUCAGCGACAACGGCCUUGGAGACAGAUCUAAAUUUAACCAUUGGACGAUCGGGUUCAACCAUUAAAGGCGUGGUUGCAAUUCUCAAUUGCAUUUUGGCCCGUCAAUUAUGCUUUGAGGAUCCCUCCUGCUCAGCCAUACUGGAGAUAAUACCACGCGUCUGCGGUCCCAUUCCAGUGUCCUGUAGCACAGUGACUGUGACAAAAUGCCAGGCAGCAUUGCGCACGCUGCAAGCAUUUCAAUUCUUUCGGCCCACCUGCCUGUGCAAGGAGCCCGGCAUGGAUCCCGAUUGCAAUCAUUUUCGGGAUUUCCUCUUCGAUCAUCCGUGCGGAUUUGUGCUCAAGAAAGCUGAAAAGGAUCCAUAUCCGAUUGAUGCUUUGCCCACGUGCAAUCAUGCGCUGUCCGUUUGCCAGCAGGAACGCAAAUGCCUGAAGCUCUUCGAGGAUUUCAAAACGCACUGCAAAGUGCGCGACAAUAAAUGCAAAAUGGAGAACAGGGACGCCUGUCAUGAUUCGUGGACUAAUCUGCGUUUGUCGCCCAUGUUCGGAUGCAUCUGUCCAAAUAAUCAUAUGAAAAAGCGCUGUGAUCGUAUAUUUAAUAUUGUUAAUCACAAUCCGUGUGUGGAUAGACUAAUAUUUUUCCCCAACGGUUUGCCCAAACUGAAGCCAAAACCGAAAACGAAGCCAAAGUCAACGUCAACGCAUCGCAGCAAACCGAAACAGAAGCACAUCGGCCAACGCAUUAGCCACGUCCACAAUGGCACCGAACUGUUGUCCAACAACAUCGAAUACCAGUAUCACGAUGAGCCCAACAAUGAGCCAACCAACCGACACAACAACAACAACAACAACAACAACGCUGAUGAUGUCGAUGAGGAUGAAGCGGAUGGCGAGGACGACGAUGAGGAUUCGGAUGAUGAUGACUAUGAUGAUCGCAUAAGGGCUGAAAUUUAUUCCAACUAUCCGCAUUAUCUGCAUCCACCGUCGUGGGGCAUCAACAACCCGCUGGUUCUCGCCUCCCACAGUCCGCACACCUCGGAGGACGAUGAUGUGGUCGUCGAGGUGCCCACGACAACAACGCGGCAUGGCCACAAGAAGCAGCAGCAACAGCUGCAGACGCACAUGGAUGAGCUGGAGCGCAGUGUUGUCGACGAUGUUGUCGUGGUUGUGGAUGCUGGGUCGCCGCACAACACACACACGCACAGUCGCACACACAACUACUACGCACACGGCACGGAAGCGACAAGCACGCUGGGAUCACCGACAAUGGCCACCAACAGCAACAACUUCAGUCUAAAUAACACUGGCACCAGCACGCACAAAACAAACGCACUUCCUGUCGAUUUAGUUGCCGGCAGCGAUAUUACCCACCGCAAUUACUCUGCUACCACCAUGGAGGAGAGAGUAAGAAUAUUGGGCAUGGACGAGAAAUUGCAUCAGAGAAUCUUCGAUGAUAAUUUGGCGCUUAUUGAUACGCCAUUGAUAGCGACGGGCGGCGGGGCGAACAGCUAUAAUUAUCCGGGCUCGGUGUCCAACUCGCUGCACGGUGUGCUCAGCUACCCGUUCAAUAUAAGCGGCUUCCAUCAGCGCCACAUGGCGGCAGCGGCGGCGGCAGCCGGGGGCGCCGGAAAUGAGUCGCCAUUCGAUAUCGUUGAUACGGGCUACGGCUACGCCAAUGGCAAUGGCAAUGGCAAUGGCAAUGGAAACGUCAAUGGCAAUGGCAAUGGCAAUGGCAACGGAAACGGAAAUGCCGGUGUUUACUACCAAAGUGGUCAGGAUGUGGAAGUUGACCUCUCAACGGAAAUAAUCAAGCAACACUUUCAGAGUACCUGCCAUACAGCGUUGGAUACCUGCCGAGAGGAUCCAGCCUGCUCAUCGUCGCUGCAGCCAAUGCUGAUGCAUUGCGAGCUGCAUCGUUGCAAUCGCAAUGCGUGCAUGACAUCAUUGCAGUCCUUCUACAAAGGACCGCACGAGGACUUGAGCCUGGACAUUGCCUUUUGUCUAUGCAAAAAAACCACAAACAGCAAUGGCAAUAACAACAGCUACAACAACUACAACAACAGUCCGAGCCAACAGCAACAGAACGGCAAUCGGCACGACAUGUGCAUGAUUGCACAGGAAAAACUGCAUCCCGUGUGCGCACAGCGACCGCCCGAUAACAAUAAUCCAGCCAGCUCGAAUGGCAUUUACUACCAUCCGCCACCGGCGUGCCAUGUGGUUGCCGACAACUGCAAAGAGGAUCGCGAGUGCAGACUGAAGCUGGAGUACUACGAGCAAGCCUGUGCCGUGGACAGUGUGACGAAGAAGUGUGCCGGCCGUCCCAGCGGUUGUCGCACCGCAAUGAUUGGCAUACUGGGGACCAUGCUGCGCACCACCUGCGCCUGCCAGGGCACAGAUCCCCAGCACGCCUAUCAAUGUGUUGGCUGGCGUCGCCUGCUCUGGAUGAAUCCCUGCGUUGUUGAAGCGCAAAAGGACUUUCAUAUGAAGCGUUUGGCCGAGUUGGGUUUCCUCACAACAACAACAACGACAACUACGACGACGACCACAACUACGACAACAACAACUACGACUCGGGCACCGCCACCACCACCGCCACCGCCGCCAACAACAACAACGACCACAACCAGUUUGCAGCCAAAGCAAACGCCAAGGAAACCAGCAACGCAUAUCUUCAAGGCAAAGGAGAAAUCAGAGCCAGCAUCGGUGGAACACAAUUAUCUCGAUCCGCCCGAUUCGGUGCCGUUACACAGCGGAAACGAUGCAAGCGGAAACGGCGGAAAUGACGAUUAUCGUGGCGGCGGCAAUGAACACGACAAUAUACAUGGCACAAGUGGCAAGGGGGGGAAUGGGAAUGGGAUUGGCAAUGGAAGUGGAAAUGGAAAUGGCAAUGGCAAAGGUGACCAUCGGCAGCGGCAGGGUAAGAAAAAUGGCAAUGGAAAUGGAAAUGGACAAAAUGCUGGCCUUGGACGGCAGGGCGUCGAUUUCGAUGAUCCCGUAAUUUUUGUUGACCAAAUGGAAACAACAGAAUUUGUGCACCGCAUCAGCAUCACAGAGCCGACAACCACAACAACCACAACAAUGGCAACCACAACAACAACGCAGCCGCCAAGAAAUUGCGUCGUUCAGCGUCCCCAUCAAAGCGAUCAACUAAUACGCGAGGGCAGCAGCAAGAGGAUCUACUCCUUGGACGAUGCCGAGUGCAGCGAACUGUGCAGCUGCGGCGACUCGCUAACACUCACCUGUCACGCCCUCUGCGUCCCCUUUGCGCCGUGUCGCACCGCCCUCGCCUUCUACAGUCACGCCUCGCCAGCUUAUCAAGCGUUCCGCGGCCGCUGCCUCUGCUAUUCGGGACGUUUCAUCUGCAUGAAGCCACCGCCCGGGGAAUACAUUCUGCCAGGUGGCGUGUUCCUGCUGCUCGGUUACAGUGCUGCCGAUGAGGCCCUGCUGCGUCCACACACCAACCUUGGGGUACAGGAUGCCGUUCGCGCCUUGCAACAAUACGUGACAACCUACAUCAAUAAUCAGACACAAUGCACAUUGACGCUAUUCAACAUGACGGAGGAGAAUAUCAUCAUUGCCGCCCGUCUGCCACACGAUGGCAAGCUAAAGGACAUUGAGCUGCUGCGUCGCGAAAAGGACGAAUGCACCGCGAUACUGAGGACCAUCAGUCAGCAGAUCAACCACGAGCACAAUGAGCUGCAAUCCCACCGACUGCUGAGCAUUUUCAAAAUGUCUGAAGUCGAUGUCGUGUGGCCGGAAAGCACGAGCGCAGCUCGCAGUGGUCAUGGCCAUGGCCAACUGACGGCAGCCAGUCGGUUGCUCUCCCUCCUGCUGCUCUCGCUGGCAGUCACCGUCCGGGGCACGCUGCGUAUGAGCAAUGUGCUCGCAACAUGACACAGCAGCAGCAGCCGAAGCUAAGGCAACUCAAUCCAAUUUACUAACUGAAAGUAUGAGUAUGUAUGUAGUAUGUAAUUUGUAAGCAAGCAGCAAAGGGCGGGGAACGGGGCAAACAUCCUUAGGGGAGGGUCAACUGGGUGGGAAUUUUCAUUUCGGCGGUGCUCUCACUCAAUACGAUAACGAUACACUUACUUAAUUAUACGUAUACUUAAGAGGCGAAUGAUGUGUGUGUAUGUGCGAUAUCUAGAUGUGUAUGUAGCUACAAAACAAAAAAGAGAAAAACGAAAACGAAAAUGAAAACUAAAACCUAUUCAGCAGCAUUAAAUGUGAGUUUCUAGUGUUAGGAAUCUACAUGCAUAAUUAGCAAAAUAUGUUGUAUACUUUUAGGGGCUAGCUUCGUGUUAGCAAAAAACGAAAAGAAAACAUUCGGGCGCUUUGUUGUUAACUUGAAAAAUGUGCUCUUAUGUUUUUGGAUAGACACAUCGUGUAAUUGAUGUACACCACAAUUACGAAUAAAACUUUACAUAGUCAAACCGAAACCGAAAACGAAAUCCAAACCAAAACUUAAAAAACUGCUGUCUAAAUAAUAAUUAUCUUAAUAAUAAUUGAAUGAAAAUAUCUACAUAUAAUAUAUAAUGUUAAACGGAAACUUAACGAUAGAGAACUAGCGAUAAAAGUAACUAUAUUUAUAUUGAUAAUAAUUGAAAGAGAUGUGUGUACAUAGAGCGAGACUUGGUAUCAAUUUAAGGUUUACAUCUACAUACAUAUAUUCUGACAUAUGUAUAUGGAGAAGAAACAUACACGUAGCUAGUGUUUUGUACGAUAAAAGUAUACAAAAGAAAAAUACUAGAACAUAUUUACUAACUUCUCUUUUUAUUUAUUGCUAUCAAAUUAUUUAUUUAUUCUCUUUUUAAUUGAAUUGUAAAUCCAUCACACGCUUUUUAUUGUUUUAUGAGGCGCCAAGAGAAUUAAGGUUUCAUUAACAGUUCUACAUUGAAUUUUAUUUUCCUAAGUUCAAUUUGUGUUUCUUUGAGAAGGUUUCACAAAUCACGCAAAUUGAGUUGCAAUUACGUUUUCAAGCUGUAAAUAAAUUGAGUAAAUGGUUGAUUUAAUAAGAUACUAACAGUACAUAUCAAAAUGAACACCUAAAUAUACACAGAGAAUCGUAUAAACUGACCCUUUGUACAUACCUCUAUAUACAUAUGUACAUGCAAUUUAAAUAUAUAUACACAACAACGAUAUACACACACAAGAAAUCUACGAUGAUGAUGAUGAACUAUGAAUACAAAUAUUAAAUUACCCAAACAGCAACAACAACAAAACAAACAAAUAGUUAUUGUACAUUGAACCCAACUUGAGUUGCGCCUUAAAGUAAAGUAAAGCAAAAGUAUGUAAAAAACCAGAAAAGAAAAACAAUUAGAUUAUGUACAUAAUUCUAGGUCAAAUGCAAAAAUCAAUGAAUAUAAAUUGAGUGUUUUAGACACAGUCACUCCCAAAAACACAUACACACACACACUAACACACACUAAGCCUAAGCUUGACCAUUUGACAAAAGGCAACACGAACUCGUGCAUUCCAAAAUUGAAAAAUCGAGAGAACAUGAAAGAGAAAGAGAGAGAGAGAAAUGUGUAAAAUGCGCUGAAUAAAACAAAAUGGUCACAAUCAUGAAAAAAUGUCUUCCUUAAUGCAUAUACAUUGACGAUAUGUGUUAUAUAUUCAUAUUUAUACAUGCUAACUUGAUAUACCUAAACAACAUAUAUAUAUAUACUCGCAUACCUAUAUACCUAUAUAUAUAUAUAUAUACAUAUGUUACAUAAUGCUAUUGGUGCACCCUAGCCUAUGCUUCAGUUAGAGAAUACAACUUAGUCGAAAAUUAAUAUGCAAAGAAAUUGGAUUCGAUUCUCUUGCAAACAUUAUACCACUGUUGACACUAUUUGUAGCGAAUACAAAAAACAAA